UCUCUCUUCGACCGUCUCCGACUCUCUCUCUCUCAAGAACUGGCGGGAAUGCUUCGAGGCCUCUGAAACUCCGAAAAGGCCAUUUCAGAGGCGGAACAGAAUUCUUGAGUAUUUUUGGCAAGCUUGUUGAGGGACUUAACUCUGCCACUGAAAGUCUCCUGCCAAAGAAGAAUAAUUUCCAUAGUUCUUAAUUUCAUGCAGGUGAUCAGGAGUUGUAGAUCUGUUACCGUUAUGGCAGUUGAACAGGGACAAACAUGUUAGGAACUUGCCAUCCGACUAAGCUCUUAACUUCAGAAUAUGGCGAUCCGACCUCUACGGCAUACCUCUAGACUGCCACCGCGAAAAUUCCUUUUCGUCAUACUAUUGAUACUUGUGCCUGUUUGUGUGAUUGGAAUAUUGACCCAUGGCCAGAAGCUUACCUAUUUAUUCCGUCCCCUCUGGGACCAUCCCCCUCGGCCAUUUAUACACUUGCCACAUUACUAUGCAGAAAAUGUAUCGAUGGACCACCUUUGCCGGCUGCAUGGCUGGUCACUCCGAUCUGAGCCCCGUCUCAUUUUUGAUGGCAUCAUCUUCAGUAAUGAGCUAGAUCUGCUUGAGAUCAGGUGGCGAGAGCUAAAUCCAUACGUCUCAAAAUUUGUAAUCCUGGAGUCCAACACCACUUUCACUGGCAUCCCGAAACCACUCUUCUUUGCAUCAAACCGGGAUAGAUUUGCCUUCGCUGAUGAGAAGGUUGUCCAUGACGUGUUCCCUGGUGAGAUUGCAACCCGAGGAUCACGUAAUGAUCCAUUCGCGCUAGAGAGGAGGCAGCGAAUCGCCAUGGACGGACUAGUUCGUCUUUCAGGGAUUUCCUAUGGUGACGUCCUUAUAAUGUCGGAUGCUGAUGAGAUCCCCAGUCCAGACACCCUGAAGUUGCUGCAAUGGUGUGAUGGCCUGCCACCAGUGAUGCACCUUGAGCUGAGGAACUACAUGUACUCGUUCGAGUUCCCGGUUGACUACAGCAGCUGGCGGGCCACAGCGCACAUUUAUGGCCCACAAACCCGCUAUCGCCACUCACGCCAAACUGAUCAUCUCUUCUCAGAUGCAGGAUGGCACUGCAGCUUCUGCUUUCGGCGUAUUCAAGAGAUUGUGUUUAAGAUGACUGCUUACAGCCACGCAGACCGUGUCAGCCAGAAAGAUUUCUUAAACUACUCAAGAAUUCAGCGCCUUAUAUGCCAAGGAGACGACCUUUUUGACAUGUUACCGGAAGAGUACACCUUCAAAGAAUUGAUAAAAAAGAUGGGACCAAUACCCCACUCGGCUUCUGCAGUUCAUCUUCCUGCCUACUUGAUACAGAAUGCAGAUAAGUUUAGGUUUCUUUUACCCAGAGGCUGUUUACGAACGCCGGAAUGAUCAAGGUACUCCAUGCAAUUGUUUUCACUUUAAGAAGGCUGUGCUUACCUUUGAAUUAGUGUUUGGUAAGCAGGAAACCAACUUGUUAGAUGUUAGGUCUUGGUGCAGAGGGAAAAAAGUUCGAAAGUUUAUUGAUGGCUAAAGAAUGUUUUCUGUCCUGGUUACAUUUUAGAGUUGUUUAUUUAAACAUAUAUAUAGUGUAGUUUCAUUCACUUAUUCAGCCGAAAGACGGGGCUUAAAGUUGGUAAAUUGUUCUUUUGUCCGAUGAGAAGUGUACAAAGUUUCGGGAUUGAGAUUUCACUUAGUAGAGAACAAUAUUAUUUAAUCAAAUCUUGG